AAAAAAAAAAACUAACCCUCAAAGCCGCAGAUAAGACAUUUCUCCAAACCAGCGAUCGUAGUCCCGGCCACGCACAUACACCACUGCUGUCCCAGCCAACCGGGGUGUCACUCAUCUCCCAUACACAGAGCGAAGCUUUGGUUUCGCCAAAAUGGUUCAGCUCACAGAGGUGGUGGACGAGGAGUUCUCCCGCACCCAGCCGGGGCCGGAGGAGGACGAGGACGACUUCACAGACACGGACUCGGAGAUCUCAACAGACUCGGACUUCAAUGCGACGGUCGAGAGCCUCUCGGACAGGCUAUACGCGCUGCGGGAUAUGGUGCCCCCAACAGCGCGCGGCUGGAUGUACAGCCGCUGGAUGGGCGCGAACCGCUUCGUCCGCACCGGCGCCGCCUUCCUGGGCAAGGCCGCCUGGCACGUGUCCGUCAGCGCCCUCCUCUUCGGCGUCCCCUUUGCCCUCCUGUGGAACGAGGAGCAGAACAUGAUCGCCAUGGAGCAGGAGCAGCGCAUGCGGGAGAUGGGCGGCGAGCUCCUCACGGCCGGCGGCGAGAGGCCCGAGGGAGACACGGUCAACCAGCUCGAGGCCGCGCUGGGCGGCGGGGGCAUCGGGAGCGUUGCCGCCAAACCGUCACUGUGAGCGCGCAGGAGGAAAUGGAAGAAAAAAAAGGAAAGACAAAAACCAACACAUCAAGGACCACCUCCCUCUAAUCCACCCUUUGGCAUUUCUAGAAAAUGCAAGCAUCGCUUUGUGUCUGGCCUCUCUGCCAUGACAGUGGUCUUACGACAGAUGCCCCUGCCGCGAUGCAGAGCUCCAGAAAUGCGGCUCGUCCCUGGGUUCUCUUGGUGGCGGGUUCGCUCCCUUGCCGGUGUUUGUACGAUACUAUAUCUAUUUUUGCUGUACAUUAACAUGCACCUCAACACACCCGCCUGGCUGUCAGUGUCAUCGUGUAUAUGCAUUUGCAGCAUGUUGGUGAUUUCAUAUAACUGCCUUUCAACAUUUACAAUCACCAUAUCAUAUCAUACAUCAAAGUGCCACAUGAGGCGGGGUUGAGCGUAGGUUGCCAUGAGUGGAGCUGGAUUAAAAAUCUACUUGAGUUUACGAUCCUGCCGUGCA